ACACACGCUCAACGAAUGGAAUACCGAAUAGGACGUGGAGAGAUGGGCGUCUUGACAUUCGAGCCUUACAAGUCCUACCUUCUUCCUCUAUGGCGCUUCCGAACACCAGACAUUGCACGCCAGUCGUCCGCUCUACUGCGAUCCGAAUUCGACCACUUUGGAGAAGAGGAGGACUUUGUAGGCAUGGACAUGACGCGCAAGUUCAUCCAGAUGGGAUUUACACGAGCGAAGCGAUACGCAAAUCACAAGGGCGGGAGAAAGUACGACAAGGAUCACGACGUCCUGCCAACUAGCGAGCAUCACUCGGAUAAGGCGGAAAAGGAAGAGUCCAGCCGCAUAUUCAAGGACAUAUUGGAGGACAUCAAACAAGACGAGACGUACUUGAGACUGAAAGACCAGUUUCAGAAGGAGCUGAAGGAAUAUAAGAAG